AUGAUUGUAACCCCCCGUUUCCAUUUGCUCAAACUGGGUGAUCAGAGUUGGUGUCCAGAAUGGUUACGCGAGUAUUCGCACCUUGCGCGCAUUCAGAUGUGGAAGACGCGAAUCCCCGGCACAAAGGGCUCACCCGCGCUGCAGGCCUGCGAUAUUCUGCUGCGCUAUCUGCCGGAUAUUGCUUCCUACACCAUGGUUGACUCUUGUGCGGGCGGCGGGGGCCCCAUCCCCAUUUUCGAGAGCACACUCAACGCUUGGCUUGCAGCCCGCCAUGAGCAGCCAGUGCGAUUCAUCCUGACAGACCCGUACCCGUCCUUGAGCAAGUGGGCCGCCCUGGCCCGCCAGAGCGCGAAUAUCUCCUAUAUUGCGCAGCCAGUUAACGCGACCCAGGCCCGCCGGCUGGCAGAGCCUGGCAAGAAGGAAUGCUGCCUGUUCAAUCUUUGUUUCCAUCACUUUGACAACCCAGCAGCGGCGAAGGUGCUGAGAAGUGCGAUCCAAUCCUCGGAUGCGUUUGUAAUCUUUGAAAUGACCCAUCGCACGGCCUCGGCCUUUCUGAACACCACUUUCAUCGUCUUAUCUCCUCUGCUGACGACGUUGUUGUGGUUCCGGGGCUCACCGCUCCACAUGUUUUUCACCUACAUCUUUCCCCUGGUGCAGUUGUUCUUCGUAGUUGACGGCUAUGUAUCGUGCAUCCGCGGUCGGACGCCGGAGGAGGUCACUGCACUGAUCCGCCAGCAAAAGGAUCUAGACAUAAGUGAUUGGGAUUUCAGCAGCGGCGAGGACAUGGUUCUGCCUCCGUUUGGGAAGAUGUACUGGUAUAUCGGGACCAGGAAGGAGGGGAUGUCCCAAAGAACAUCAUUAGGUGUGGAUUCUCAUCUCUGA